CGGUGUAGCUUUUACCGCUCUGUUUUUCCUCUCUCCCAACAGAAGCGGUCACUCCUCCGCCCGCUCCAUUCCCAGAACGGCACGGCCUCCCGCACCCGCCGGGAGAGAUGGAGCAAGUGAAGCCAGGCAGCGCCGCUCCGCCCCGCCCCGCCGCGGUCCUGGCUCCCAGGGCCGCUCGGGCUGCACCUCCGCCUGCGUUGUGGGAGGAGUAGCGCCGGGCAUUGCGUUCGGAAGUUUGUGCCUCGCCGCACACCGUGCUGGCCGAAGCGCUCGGCUUCACGUUGGCUGCGCAGGCGCAGCGGUCGCGGCUGCCCGUGCCCCGCGGAGGGGCGUCCGAGGGCCGAGCGGCGGUGGCUUCGCGGGCCGGGGCGAGGGGAGAUCGGUUCCGCCGCUCCCUGGGCGCCCCUCGCCGCCUGGCCGGUCGGCCCGGAAGCCGUACCCUCAUCCCCUUCUCCAUCCCGCCACCAUGUUCAAGAAGCUGAAGCAGAAGAUCAGCGAGGAGCAGGUGCCGCCGCGCGGAGUGGGGGGACGUGCGGGCUUCCUCCCACCGCAGGUCCCUUCCAAAUCCCCUCCAUCAACUGGCAACAGAAUCAGGCCAACUUCAUUUACAGAUCAGAAUGAUGAAGGCACUUUAACACCAGACAAAGAGCUGUUAGCGGGGAUGAUAGCAGAACCUGCUUUUCUCUCUGAGUAUACUAUCUUUGCUUUGGAUCCCACCAAACAACCUAAGCCACAGAGUGACGGUGUGAACUUAACUAAACAACCACUUCCUGGAGCCACAGAAAACAAUGGAAGUGAACCUGUCUCUCCACAGCAAAGUGACAGUCAGUCUUUUGCCCAGAAGCUUCAGCUUCGAGUACCCUCCAUGGAGUCUUUGUUUCGAAGCCCAGUAAAAGAGACCCUAUUUCGCUCUUCUUCUAAGGAGUCCCUAGUACGAAGUUCUUCAAGAGACUCACUGAAUCGACUAGACUUGGAAGCCCUCAGUCCCACCUUUGAUUCACCUUCUGACAUUGAAAGUGAAACAGAAGAGCCUCUGGGAAAUAUGGACAGCUUCAGCAAAGAGCAGUUGCUGCAGCGUCUGCGUAGAAUGGAGCGCAGUUUGGGCAACUAUAGGGGAAAAUACUCAGAGCUAGUGUCUGCCUAUCAAGUUAUCCAGCGGGAAAAGAAGAAGCUGCAGAGCAUACUGAGUCAAAGUCAGGAUAAAGCACUUCGCAGAAUUGGAGAACUGAGAGAGGAGCUCCAGAUGGAUCAACAAGCUAAGAAACAUCUCCAAGAGGAAUUUGAUGCUUCCUUAGAAGAAAAGGAUCAACUUAUUAGUGUACUGCAAACUCAGGUGUCGUUGCUGAAACAGAGAUUACAGAAUGGUCAGAUAGGCACUGAAUUGCCUGAUCAAAAUGUCCAGUCAGAACCACAAGUUCGAAGUCUAACAAAAGAAGUCAGUGCAGAAAAUAUUGUGGAACCAGGAAGCAAUGAGGGUAACGAAGAUUCUGUUAAAACACUGGAAACUCUUAAUCAGAGGGUGAAGCGCCAAGAGAACUUGAUACAAAGUUGUAAGGAGACUAUUCAGUCACAUAAGGAGCGCUGUGCCCAAUUAACCAAUGAGAAAGAGGCACUUCAAGAACAGUUAGAAGAGAGGCUUCAAGAACUGGAGAAAAUGAAGGACCUUCACAUGGCUGAGAAGACUAAACUGAUUACGCAGCUACGUGAUGCAAAGAAUUUGAUUGAACAGCUAGAACAAGACAAGGGCAUGGUAAUUGCGGAGACAAAGCGACAAAUGCAUGAAACAUUGGAAAUGAAGGAGGAGGAGGUAGCCCAACUGCGUGCUCGAAUCAAACAAAUAACUACAAAAGGCGAGGAAUUAAAAGAACAGAAAGAAAAAUCUGAAAGAGCUGCUUUUGAAGAGCUUGAGAAGGCUCUAAGUAUUGCCCAAAAGACAGAGGAAGCCCGGAAAAAACUGCAGACAGAAAUGGAUGAAAAAAUUAAAGCAGUAGAAAAGAAGUCUUCAGAAGAACAAGUUGCUGAACUAGAAAAAAUCCAUCAAAAAGAGCUGGCUACCAAAGAUCAGGAGCUAAAUGAGAGAUUACAGGCUCAAGAAAAGGUGUUCCAGGAGAAGAUGAAGGCAGCUCUUGAAAAAAAUCAGAGCAAGUGCUUAAAAGCCCUUCAAGAGCAAGAGCAGCAACAAACCCUAGCCUUAGAAGAAUUAGAGCUGCAGAAGAAAGCCAUACAGUCUGAGUGUGACAAGAAAGUUCAGAAGAUGCAUCAAGAAGUAGAGACUUGUAGAACUAGGAUUCUUGAACUGGAAAGCUCUCUUGCAAAGUAUUCGCAAGAUGACAGAAAGCAGUCAGAGGAAUUAAGUACUCUCAUAGAGUCUGAAAAAAAACAGCACAGUAAGGAAAUCAGUGAUAUGGUUGAAAAACACAAUAAAGAACUGGAGAAUGUGAAACAGCAGCAAGAAAAGCUUUGGACAGAAAAACUUGAAAUUUUAAAGCAACAACAAAUAACUGAAAUAGAAAAAAUAAGAGAAAAGCAACAACAAGAGAUACAUACCAUUUUGGAAGAGAAAGAAACAGUUUUCUGUGCACACAUAGAAGAGAUGAAUGAAAAAACAUUAGAAAAACUUGACGUGAAACAAACAGAAUUAGAAGCACUGUCUUCUGAGCUAUCAGAAGCACUAAAAGUUCGUCAUGAUUUAGAACAAGAGCUCUCAGAAUUGAAUAGUAAAGUGUGUGAAGCAAAGCAAGAACUGAAAGGAGAAUUGGAAGAAGAGAGGAAACGGCACAGUGAAGUGAUUGAAGCAAUGUUAAAAGAGCAUGAAAUGUCUAUUCAAGAUGUUGAGAAGGUACUCAAAGAGGAACUCAACAAACUCAAGCAGUCACUGGAGGAGAAAGACAGACAUUUGGAGGAGUUAAAAGCACGUGAACGGAAACUAAAGGAAUCUGCAGAAAGAUCUGAAGCUGAACUUGUCCAAGUGUCUGCAAAGCUAGAGGAGCAAAGCAGUGAAAAUACACAGAAAGUAACCACUCUAACACAACAAUAUGAAUGUCAGCUGAAGGAUCUCCAAAGAAAGGCUGAUGAGACGAAGAGAAGUCUGACUGAGAAGGAAAAUGAAAUUGAGCACAUGAAGAAGUUACAGAACAAGCAAGUGGAAGGGCUUAAACAGAAACUGUUAGCUGCAGAGGAGAGGAUUAGUGCUUUACAAGGAGAGUAUGAAAGUAAACUGAAAUAUCAGGAGAAGAAAGUGGAGAAAAUGGAACAGAAAUCAAAAGAUAUGCAGGAAACUUUCAAAAAUAAACUUGCUGAGCAGGAAGCUAAACUUAAAAAAGAGCUUGAAAACAAGCAGUUGGAAUUCAGUCAGAAAGAGAGUGAAUUCAAUACUAAAAUUUUGGAAAUGGCACAUGCCAGCUCAUCUGGAAUCAAUGAUGCAGUGUCAAAACUGGAAUCUAAUCAGAAAGAGCAGCUAGACAGUCUUGCUGAGGAUUACAGGCAGAAAUUGGAAGAUGUAAUCCAAAGUUGGGAAAAGAAACUUAAUCAGCAGAUUGAAGAGCUCAGGAAAGAACAUGAUAUGGAGCUGCAAGAGAAAGAGCAGGAAGUUGGAGAUCUGAAACAAAAGCUUUUAAUUUUCAGUGCUGAAAAGGAGGACUCCAGAACAGAAGUAACCCAACUGAAGGAAGAACAAGUGAGAAGGGAGGCAUGCUUGAAGGAUUUGCAAGAACAGCUAAGGCAGUCAGUGGCUAAGGUGAAUGCUUUGUCAGAUAAGGAAAGUGACCUGAAAACACAGUUGAAAAAAUUGGAAAGUGAACUUAAACAGUCCCUGAAAGAACAGACAGGACUUCAGGAACAGCUCAGUAAACAGAAAGCAGUUGAAGAGAAGGACAAAGCCGCAAUCACUGAGCUGGCUGAUACACUAAGAACCCUUGAAGAGAAACUCCAAACUGUGCAAUCUUCUCAGUAUAAAGAUCAUGAAAAUUAUGAGAAAAAAAUAGAGGCAAUUCGGCUAAAAGAAGCUGAGUUUAAAAGGUUGUCAGGAGUACUUACAACCCAGUUAGAUGCUUGGAAGAAUGCUGAAGCUUCAUUGCAUACUAAAGGCAAUGAAUUAAUUGAAAAAUGUAAUGAAAAAAUUGGCAUAAUAACAUGUAAAAUUGCAGACUGUGAACACCGAACUGCAAAAGUUAAAGAAGCAAUAUUAAUCAAAACAAGGAAGAUAACUGUACUAGAAGCUCAACUUAGAGAAAUAACAGAGCAUCAUUCUGCUGCUACUACUUCUUUGCAAAAGUCAAUGCUAGAGCUGCAAGAGAAGGACAAUUUAAUUAUAUCCAUGAGAGCUGACAUUGAAGGACUUGUAACAGAAAAGGAACAAUUGCAAACAGAGGGAGGGCAUCAGCAGCAAGCAGCAUCAGAGAAAGAAACUUGCAUAACACAGCUGAGGAAAGAGUUGUCUGAAAAUAUCAAUGCUGUCACAUCAAUGAGGAAAGAACUCCAGGAAAAGCAAUCUGAAGUGUCUGCUCUCAACAAAACAGUUAAUGAUCUUAAUGUUAGACUUGAAAGCACAGUAAGUUUAACAGAGAAGGAAGCAGCCAUAUCUCUGCUAAGCAAACAACAUCAAGAGGAUCGGUUGCAGUUGUUAAAUCAAGUAGAAGAGUUAUCAUCCAGAGUUGAGAUGCUGAGUCAAGAAAAAGCAUCAGCUCUUGAUCAGAUAGAUCAUUGCACAGCCCAGCUGUCAGAGUGGAAGAUGAAAGCACAAACCAGGUUUACACAAAAUCAUGAUACUAUCAAAGAUUUGCAGAGCAAACUUGAAUUAAGCAAUAUUGAAGCUAAUAAAAAAGAUGAAGAGCUAAAUAAACUGAAGGAACAGCUGGCUAAACAAAGCAGGAAUCUUGAUAGUUUAAAAAGUGAAUUGGAACAAAAGCAGAACAGGAGGGAAAAGGAAGAAAGUGAGUUAACCUCAAAGUUAAAAAAACAAGCAGCAAAAAUUGCUGAACUAGAAAAAGACAUUGCUCAGAAAACUAUAGAAAAUGAUUCCUUGGUGGAGGAACUUAAAAAGUCUAAUGAACAAAAAGACACAGAGAAAAAAGAGAUAGCUCGGCAACUCCAUCAGGCAGAGAAGGUGGCUUUUGAAAAGGAAAAUAGAUUUAAGAAGGCUGAAGAAAAAGUGCUUAAUCUUGAGAAGCAAAUAGGUUCACUGAAAGCUGAUUUUGAAGCAAAGGAGAAGGAAUUUGAUCAAAUUAAGUCAGUGAUACUUAAAAGGAAAGAGGAAGAACUGAAAGAAUUAGAAGAGAGACUGAAUGCAGAGAACAGCACUAAGCUGGCUGAUCUGAAAAAGAAGGCAGAGCAAAAAAUAGGUUCUAUUAGAAAGCAGUUACUGUCUCAGAUGGAAGAAAAGAAACAGCAAUUUAAGCAAGAUAGAGAGGAUCAGUUAAGAGAGCUGGAGCAGAAAGUGCAGGAGAGAGAAGCCAAAAUUGAGACCUUAGAAAAAAAAAUUAGGUCAACAAGAGAUUGCGCAGAAUUAGAGAAAGAAAUGCUAGAAAAAGUAGACAGUGUAAAAGCUGCUGUAGAACAAGAGAAAAAUAACUUACUUGAGAAUGUCCAACAGACAUACAAAGAGAAAAUGCAGGUGUUACAGAGGAGCUUAACCGAAAAAGAUGCAUUAUUACAGAAGUAUGAGAAGGAACAACGAGAGAGUAAUGACUCUCAUCUAGAAUUGCAAAACAAACAGAAAGAACUCCUUAAAAAACUAGAAUGUGUUGAGAAGAGCCAUCAGGAAGAGCAGGUUAGGACCAAAAGUCUCAGGAAAGAACUUGAGGAACAAACAAAAAAAUAUUCAUUGUUAGCGGAUGAGCAUGCUUGUUGUGGUGGUGUUUUAGCAAGCAGUAGGGAAGAACUGAAAGUUAAAGAACAAAAACAUCUUGAUAUGGAGAGUAUAAUUGGAGAUCUCCAGAAAAAAAUGCAGGAAAAGGAGGAACUCAGUCAGUCUUUAGAACAGAAGAUAAAGGAGUUAGAAAAUAAUAUAGUGAAGAAAAAUGAAGUGCGUAAGAUUGAGAUGGAAGAUAGGAGUUUAAGAUACGAAGAAAAGCUAAAAUGUCUACAGCAACAGUUGGAUGAAAGAAAUUACAGUCUUAAAGCUUUUGAGGAAAAUGCUGAAGAAAAGGCUAGGUCUGUUUUGGAGCUGCAGAAGUUACUAGUUGAUAUGCAGAACCAGCAGAAGGACUUACAGACUAAACUGGAAGAGACUGAAGGGGAGAAACAGAAACUACGCAAAGAAGUUAAUAAACUUCAAAAAGACAUACGUACUCUGCGAAAGGAACAUCAGCAAGAGCUUGAUAUAGUAAAGAAGGAGUCCUUAGAAGAAAUGGAGCAGAAAAUCAGAUGUGAACAGGAAGACAUUGAGUUAAAGCACAACUCCACCUUAAAGCAGUUAAUAAGAGAGUUCAAUACUCAGCUGGCUCAAAAAGAGAGAGAAUUGGAAACAGCAGUAAAAGAGACAAUCAGUAAAGCCCAGGAGGUAGAAAAUGAAUUGAUAGAAAAUCAUCACAUAGAGACAACACAGUUGCAUAAAAAAAUUGCCGAAAAAGAUGAUGAUCUAAAAAGAACUGUGAAAAAAUACGAAGAAAUCCUUGAGUCUCGUGAAGAAGAGAUGACAGCAAAAGUUCAUGAAUUGCAGGCACAGCUGAAAGACUUGCAGAAGGAAUACAGACAAAGGAUUGCAGAAGAGGAAUAUUGCAGCAGUGAAAAAGUCACAAUAACAGAACUAAAGGCACAACUUGCACAGAAGACAACACUAGUCAAUGAUUCAAAAUUGAAGGAGCAGGAAUUGAAAGAGCAGAUUCAUGUACUGGAAGACCGGCUGAAACAUUACGAGAAAAAUAUUUACGUCACAUCAGUUGGAACACCAUAUAGAGAUGGAAACCUUCACCAUACUGAUGUUUCCCUGUUUGAGGAACCUACUGAGUUUGAAUACUUGAGGAAAGUGCUCUUUGAAUAUAUGAUGGGUCGUGAGACAAAGACAAUGGCCAAGGUUAUAACAACAGUGCUGAAGUUCCCAGCAGAUCAGACUCAGAAGAUACUAGAACGAGAAGAUGCUCGACCAAUGUUUGCCUCACCUCGCAGUGGUAUCUUUUGAAUAUGCCACCAAUCUGUACUUAGCUAGUGUGGUUGUGGCUAUGACCGUCUUGAAGAAUUCAUGAUGAGAAUGUCUCAUGACAUUGCUGCUUAGAAAUAUGUUUAUAUCUCUGUUGCCCCUUGAGAAGGGACAAGAAGAAAAGCUAUUAUUCAAGGUCACAAACAGAACAGCAAGAACCAAAACUCUGCACCACCUUUGGACUGUGAAUACAGUUAAAACUGCCUUGACAGAAAUGCUAAUCAGGGGUUGUUUGGUUAUUUCUCUUCUAUUGAAUACUUUCUUCUAUUUUGUGUUAAAGGUUAUUUUUUUAAAGGAGAGAAAAGACUUUAUCCAAGGAAGGAAUUGCCCACUGCUGUACUAGACAGGUUUUACUGGGUGUUUUUUAAGAGUUGAAAUAAAUGAUUUGUUUCUUCUAUUUAUUUUUUUUAUUUUUGAUUGAGUUGUGCAAUACAUUUUGGAUGGAUAGCGAUUGAGGUGAUUUUUCUGAUGAACUAGGCACUCUUGUUGACUAUUCUCUCCUGAUUUGAUCUUGAUUGUUUGCUAAAGGUCACUUCUAUAUGCUUUUGCCUACAAUAAAUCCAAAUUGCAGUACCUCGUUUGUUUACUCCUAGCUUUUGUACUUAUAUUUUCUGGAGAAAAGGUAUGUUCCUGUAAAUUGUAAAUAGUUAUUACAUAAUUGUAUCAUACACUGAUCUGUGACUGUUGACAGCACUAAUAUGAAUAGAGCUAAGAUGAAAUAAAGUUUAUUUACUGUAUAA